CAAAUCGGGUUGAUUCAACGCGCAACUUCUCGGAGGGACUUCCCAGCUGCCGUUCAGUUUUUCGUUUAAAAGCGGACGCGGUUACACGAUGGCCAUUCAGUUUCAUUUUUGACACGCGCUAUAACGGUGUUAAUCACCAUGAAGUUGUAUUCCUGUCACAUCCAAGUGUUUGCGUUUUGUGCUUUGGUACUUUUCUUAGGUAUCUUUGAACAUGCAGUACUCGCCUCUCCCAUCAACGAUACAAAUUUCGACAAUGUAACCAAAUGCCCGAGGAUCGUCAGCCGAAAGGAAUGGAAAGCCAGAAAGCGUCUAGAUUUCGAGAUUCUGCCGGUGACACCGACACCGUAUGUGGUGAUCCAUCACGGCGGCAUACGUAGCUACUGCUACGACGAGGAAACAUGUUCCACGAUAGUUAGGUCCUAUCAAAACUUGCACCUAGACGAUCGGGGCUGGUGGGAUAUUGGCUAUAAUUUCGUCAUUGGCGAAGACGGCAACGCCUACGAGGGUCGCGGAUGGAAUUACGUUGGCGCGCACGCACCUGGAUAUAACACUCAGAGCAUCGGCAUAUGCAUUAUAGGACAUUUUACCGACUUCCUCCCGAAUACGGCCGCUCUGAAGACGCUAAACGCGCUGAUAGCUUGCGGUGUUUCACUCGGCAAGAUAAGCAAAGAUUACAACGCAAUUGGCCAUCGACAAGCGCGAAACACAGAAUGUCCUGGCGAGAGCUUUUACAAGUAUGUAACUGCCCUACCCCGUUGGACCGAAAAUCCAAUACCUAUUUAUACAAAUACCACUACCACGACGGAAGCGACAGUAUAAAAGGACGAUGUAGAGAUAGAUAAACCGAAUGCUAUUCUAUGAUGAUAUUUCUAGAUCUAGAUGAUAUUGCUAUCAAAUAAGCCAAAUUCUAAACCGAUGUAAAGUAAAGACUUGACGUAAUAAGAAAUAUUGUAAAUAUCGCAACAAAAAAAUUCAUAUGCUUCAUUCUUAUCGAAAAAUUUACAAUUUACUU